UGUUGGCUGUUUCCUGCUUUUUCUGCUGGACUGCCAAAACUGCACUGAAUAUUGCUCGUCGAUAGCAGGCACACAGCUCGGAUAUAGGACGCUUUAAUCAAAGCAUAAGGCUAUCGGACAUUUAUUUCACAUUCAAACAGACAGCAAUGCGAAGGAAAUCGAGAAUGUUACUAUGCUUCGCGAUCCUCUGGGUGCUUGGCAUAGCAUAUUAUUUCUAUUCGGGAACAACGUUAAAUCGAAAGGAUGACUGGAAUGCUAUUGACUCAUCAAAUCAGGCCCAGGUCCACCGCAACGCAGAUGACCAAACCCACAGCCUGGAGACACUACCCUCAGGCAAGGUGAGAUGGCAAGACUUUGACCAGGACCUAUAUGUUGGUGCGACGGUGGUGCGGCCAGGGCAGGAUCCCUACGCCCGCAACAAGUUCAACCAGGUGGAGAGUGACAAGCUGAGGAUGGACCCCGGAGUCCCUGACACCAGACAUGACCACUGCCGGCAUAAACAGUGGAAGACAGAGCUGCCUGCUUCUAGUGUGAUCAUCACUUUCCACAAUGAGGCCCGCUCGGCUCUGCUCCGCACCGUGGUCAGUGUUCUUAAGAAGAGUCCCCCCCACCUUGUCAAGGAGAUAAUCCUGGUUGAUGAUUACAGUGACAACCCUGAAGAUGGAGCCUUGUUGGGGAGAAUUGAGAAGAUCCGGGUUCUUCGAAACGAUCGACGAGAAGGUCUGAUGAGAUCGCGGGUGAGAGGGGCCGACACAGCCAUUGCCAGUGUUCUCACCUUCCUGGACAGCCAUUGCGAGUGUAAUGAGCACUGGCUGGAACCACUCCUGGAAAGGGUGGCAGAGGACAAAACGCGUGUUGUUUCCCCCAUCAUCGACGUCAUCAACAUGGACAACUUCCAGUAUGUAGGCGCCUCGGCCGAUCUCAAAGGAGGAUUUGAUUGGAAUCUGGUCUUCAAGUGGGACUAUAUGACUGUGGAGCAGAGGAGGGUGCGUCAAGGAAACCCCACUGCUCCAAUCAAGACUCCUAUGAUUGCCGGCGGCCUCUUUGUCAUGGACAAGGACUACUUUGAGUUGCUGGGGAAGUACGACAUGAUGAUGGAUGUGUGGGGUGGAGAGAAUCUGGAGAUCUCUUUCCGAGUGUGGCAGUGUGGCGGUAGUCUAGAGAUCAUUCCCUGCAGUAGAGUGGGCCACGUCUUCAGGAAGCAGCACCCAUAUACCUUCCCUGGGGGCAGUGGCACUGUGUUUGCUAGGAACACGAGGCGAGCAGCAGAGGUGUGGAUGGAUGAGUUCAAGAACUUUUACUACGCCGCUGUGCCCUCGGCCCGAAACGUGCCUUACGGCAACAUUCAGAGCAGGAUGGAGAUGAAGAAGAGGCUUGGCUGCCAGCCAUUCAAGUGGUACUUGGAGAAUGUGUACCCUGAGCUGCGGGUCCCUGACCAUCAGGACAUUGCCUUCGGAGCUCUGCAGCAGGGAGGGAACUGCUUAGACACUCUGGGACACUUUGCAGACGGAGUGGUGGGGGUCUACGAAUGCCACAAUGCUGGGGGAAAUCAGGAAUGGGCACUGACCAAGGACAAGUCAGUGAAGCACAUGGACCUGUGUCUGACGGUGGUGGAUCGCACUGCUGGCUCACAAAUCAAAAUGCAGGGCUGCAGGGAAAACGACAGCAGACAGAAAUGGGAGCAGAUUGAGAGCAACUCAAAGCUGCGGCACGUUGGCAGCAACCUGUGCCUGGACAGCCGCAGCGCACGUAAUGGGGGGCUGACAGUGGAGGUGUGCAGCCCCAACCUCAACCAGCAGUGGAAGUUCACACUCAACCUCCAGCCCUAGAGAGAGAGAGAGAUGGACAGACAAACAGAGAGAGAGUGUAUCCCCCACCAGCACCACAUCCUCUCCUCCCCGGAGCCAAACAGACUAGAGCCACCUAUUACCAACACACACACACAGACGGACGGACAGACUGAGGUCCCCGGAGGGGCCACAACACACAGAGGGAAGCAGGAUAUUGAAACUACAGACUACCAAGUGGGAUGAUGAUGCUGAUUUUAAUGUUGGUGGUGGUGAUGAUGAUAAUGCUUUCCCUCUAACUAUAUACCUCAGCAUUUCAUCUUUAGUCCCCCUCUUUGCAAUGUGAGAAAGUCAUUUUUCUUAUUACAGGCGAAAGAAACUUUCUGGAUGUUUUUUUUAUUUUGUGCGUGUCCUUUGUUCUCUCUUUCCACUGAAGUUCUGAAAUGGAUAAGACUAUUAAUUAGUCGUUUUUCUCUCUCUAGUAAUCUGUCAUUGAAUGUAAAAGACAUAUUCUACAGAGAUUCCCUGACUAGACAUACUGGCCAGGAAGAAAGUGGAUUGUCUCAGCUGGUUUUGGCCCCUUAAAGUCCUGCUGGUAGAAGGGAAAAAUGACUCUAUGCACUGUUCCUCUCGUUCACUCAAACGCCUCUCUCCUGAUUGGUGGACUGCUCUGCCAGAGUUGAAAAGAGAUUUAAGAAAAUUAACAAUUUACAGAGUUUUCAUUCUGCUCCUGUCACGCGUGUUGUAAGAAGGUAGGUCAUCCGAUCAGAAGUGUUCUCUUCGCAGGCCUCUCAUGGAUACUGGUGGGGCCAGGAGUUGUCGAGGGUGUGGAUGUAUCGCUGCUGAAUCGUCACAGAUUGUAGCACUGGCUGCUACGGCUCCUCAGUGUUUGUCCCCUUUGUACAUCACAAUUGAAUGGAACCCCCCCAACAAAAUAAUUUUAUAUAUAUAUAUAUAUAUUCAUUAUGUUUUUCUUUAUAUUUCUUUGUACUAUUGUUGCAUUCUGACAGUUCUCUUGUGAGUAAAAACAAAUCUACUUACUUUCAAAAAAAAAAAAAAAAGUUGUCCUUUUCAGUGUCGGUGUUACCAUUACAUCCAAAUCAGUAUUGGUGAAGAGUUUAUUACAGGGUGAUGUUGGAACCAUCAUUUCCAUUCUCAGAAGUCGACAAGUGUUGUCUCACACAGUGUAUGUAUUUGUGAUUUGACAUUUUAGAAAAUGCCACUUGUUCAGCGCGCUAAGUGACAGACAGCAUGUACGCGGUACAGGGCGAGGCCUUGCUGCAUGUUAUACCAAUACUUCUACGGCUUUUUUCUCCUACAGUUUCUCUUUCUGUCCAUUUGUUUCUCGACAUUACUCGCAUGCUUUGUGAAUGAUGUCUUUGCCUUUUUUGAUAUCCAUCCCAUUUAAAAGAGAAUGUGUCUGUGUGCUAGUGAACAGCUUUCAACAGGUUUCUUGAAGGAGGGCAGGUCAUUCGGCUAUAGUUAACUGCACUCACAAGGGAGAAAAGCAAUAAGAUGUUCCUAUUUCAAUGUCAUUGUUGUGCAUUUAGCAUCUGCUUCGGGACCAUUCUGAUUUGGUUUCUACAUGUAGCUUGUGAUAUGUGGUACUUUAAACAUUACUGUUUGUUUCUGAGGGGCAGCAGAACCCACCUUUAAUGUGAUGGCCCAAGGAGCCUAUAACGACUUAUGAAAGCAACAAUUAAUCCACUGAUGUGACAUUGGUUUUGUCUCGUGGGGGUUCCCCUGAUAUCAAUGGAGAUUAAUUUAUUCUAGAAUAGCAAAUUACUUAUUAUUUUGUAAGCCCUCCAUUAUAUAUGCAUACAAUUUACCAUAAGAAAUCUGUGUAAGUCCUACACAUCAAUCCCUGUGUGUUCUACACCAUUCUGGUCAAACUUCCUGAUACAAAAGGAAUCUCCAACCAUCAGUACAGAAAUGAGCAUCACAGCGACGGAGCAUAUGCAGCAGUCCCUAUUUGACACUUGUGGAAAAGGUAUUGCAUUUAAAAAAUGCCAAAGAGAGGUGUCCCACAGUAAGAGAGGUGUCCCACAGUAAGAGAGGUGUCCCACAGUAAGAGAGGUGUCCCACAGUAAGAGAGGUGUCCCACAGUAAGAGAGGAAACAGACCAUAAUAUUUUAUUUGCAGUUCAGAAUGUGAGAUCCGUGUGAGAGCAGGACUAUGAAAUCAUGAGAUGAGUUGGGGGUUGUAACCCCCCCCUUAUGAGAUGAGUUUGGGGUUGUAACCUCCCGUGUGAGAUGAGUUGGGGGUUGUAACCUCCCGUGUGAGAUGAGUUUGGGGUUGUAACCUCCCGUGUGAGAUGAGUUGGGGGUUGUAAACUCCCGUGUGAGAUGAGUUGGGGGUUGUAACCUCCCGUGUGAGAUGAGUUGGGGGUUGUAACCUCCCGUGUGAGAUGAGUUGGGGGUUGUAACCUCUCGUGUGAGAUGAGUUGGGGGUUGUAACCUCUCGUGUGAGAUGAGUUGGGGGUUGUAACCUCCCGUGUGAGAUGAGUUGGGGGUUGUAACCUCCCGUGUGAGAUGAGUUGGGGGUUGUAACCUCCCGUGUGAGAUGAGUUGGGGGUUGUAACCUCCCGUGUGAGAUGAGUUGGGGGUUGUAAGUUUCACAUGGUAAGAGCUUUGAUUGCUAUCAGGUACGUCACUGUUGAUAUUGAAACAAUUCUAAUGUGAAAUUCAAGUGGCCUACAGUACUAAAAGGGAUUGCUCGGGUGAACAUUGUCUACAUAGUGGCAACGGUUGUUCAAGUAUUGAAUCAAGCCUUUUUUGUAAGAUUUGUGUGAAAAUGACAAGUCUGCUGUUCACUUCAGGAGAAAAAAAAGAAUCUUAGCAUUACAGCCACAUUUUAAUUGGAUGAAAUGUUUACAUAGCACAAUGUGCCAAAGCUAUUUACUUAUUUGAUUUACAUUGUCAAUACAAAGGAUGUGCCAUUGGCAUAAUGAUGACGAAUAAUAAACCAAAUCAAGAAAAUAGUAGUUUGGGACAUCAAAUAUGAUUUGUUCCUUUGAUAAAACGGUUUGCUGUAGGAUUCAAAUCACAGGGGAGGCAGCAUGGGGGUAACCAAUGUAAAAGUGUAUGUUUGUAUAUACACUACUGUACAGUAUGAACAAGCAACACCAGUGAGUGGAUCUACUGUACAACGCUUGGAAUUGUUCACUGUUUUAUAGCUAUGGCAAAACUUUUACUUUAAAUUAGGAAAAAUGUACUUAAAUAAAUGCAUUUAUAUAUGAGA